AUGGAGCCUUUCAGUGCUGCUCAGAACAAAGAGGACAAGGACACUAGCGUAGAACCUCCUCGUAGGCGUUGUCAUCGAAAGAACAAGGGCACUAAUGUAGAACCUCCUAGUAGUCCGUAUCAUCCGAAGGUUCUUGCUAGAUGGGAUCCGGCUAAUGAAAAGAGGCCAGACAUUGGUGAAGCUCCAGUAUUCCACCCUACAUCAGAGGAGUUUGAAGAUACGCUUGCUUACAUAGAAAAAAUACGUCCCUUAGCUGAAUCAUUUGGUAUUUGUCGAAUCGUGCCACCGUCGAAUUGGUCUCCUCCUUGCCGGCUUAAAGGGGAUAGUAUAUGGAAGAAUAAAAAUUUCCCAACCCGUGUUCAGUUUGUUGACCUGCUUCAGAACAGAGGACCCGUGAAGAAGAAGACACCUAAAGGAAGGAAACGGAAACGAGGAAAAUACUCAAGAACCGUCGCCCCCAAGAAACGAAAUGGCUCUGUUUCUAAAUCAGUUUCUACCCCCAAGGCGACCGAAGAAGAGAAUUUUGGUUUCGAAUCUGGUCCAGAAUUUACUCUUGAGAAGUUUGAGAAAUACGCUCAAGAUUUCAAAGACUCCUACUUUGAAAGAAAAGACAAUGUUGGAGAUCCAUCUGUUGAGGAGAUCGAAGGAGAGUACUGGAGAAUCAUUGAGAAAGAAACAAAUGAAGUUAAGGUAUUGUAUGGGACGGAUUUGGAGAAUCCCAUACUUGGAAGCGGUUUCUCCAAAGGGGUAAAAAUUCCAACCAGAAGAAAUGAUAUGGAUAAAUACAUAUCUUCUGGUUGGAAUUUGAACAACCUCGCCCGUCUGCAGGGAUCUCUACUAUCCUUUGAGGAUUGUGAGAUCUCAGGGGUUCAGGUGCCAUGGCUCUAUGUGGGCAUGUGCUUUUCAACGUUUUGUUGGCAUGUUGAGGACAAUCAUCUAUAUUCACUGAACUAUCAUCACUUUGGCGAGCCAAAAGUAUGGUACGGAGUUCCGGGAAGCCAUGCAACUGGGCUAGAGAAGGCAAUGAGAAAACAUCUACCAGAUUUGUUCGAUGAACAACCUGAUCUACUUCAUGAACUGGUUACUCAGUUUUCUCCAACGAUUUUGAAAAAUGAGGGAGUCCCGGUUUAUCGAGCUGUUCAGAAUGCAGGGGAGUAUGUUCUAACAUUCCCUAGAGCAUAUCAUUCGGGUUUCAACUGCGGAUUCAACUGUGCAGAAGCGGUGAAUGUGGCUCCGGUUGAUUGGCUGGCUCAUGGACAGAAUGCUGUGGAAAUAUAUAGCCAAGAGACUCGGAAAACGUCUCUAUCUCAUGACAAAAUUCUCCUUGGAGCAGCUUUUGAAGCUGUUAAGUCCCUCUCAGCACAUGGGGAAGAUAAUACAAAAAGGUUCAGCUGGAAGAGAUUCUGUGGGAAGGACGGUAUCAUAACUAAGGCCAUCGAGGCACGGUUACGGAUGGAAGAAAAAAGAAUUGAGGCUCUUGGAAAUGGUUUCAGCUUGGUAAAGAUGGAUAAAGACUUUGAUUCAAACUGUGAAAGGGAAUGCAUCUCUUGCUUUAGUGACUUGCAUCUCUCUGCUACUGGCUGCAAGAAUUGCUCAUCUCUCGAAGAAUAUGGUUGCACGAAACACGAUAUUUGUUCAUGUGAAGGGAAAGACCGUUUCAUUUUUCUUCGUUACACCAUAGAUGAGUUAAGCUCAUUGGUAAGAGCAUUGGAAGGUGAAUCAGAUGAUCUAAAAGCUUGGCUUUCCAAAGUCAUGGAAGGUUGUUCAGAGACUCAGAAGGGAGAAUCUAGUGGGAUUAUCGUUAAGGAAAAGCAGGUACAAGAAGAAUGUUUUGAUCUGAAUGGUGAGUGUAAUAAAUCUUCUGAGAUAUGUGAGGAUGCAUCCAUCAUGGACUUAGCUGCUUAUCAUGUUGAACCUAUAAAUCUUGGGUUCUUGGUCGUGGGAAAGCUUUGGUGUAACAAGCAUGCUAUAUUUCCAAAAGGGUUUAAGAGUCGUGUUAAGUUCUAUAACGUGCAAGAUCCAAUGAGAAUAAGCUAUUACGUCUCUGAGAUUGUAGAUGCAGGACUUCUGGGUCCACUCUUCAAGGUUACUUUGGAAGAAUCUCAAGACGAGAGCUUCUCUUAUGCCUCACCUCAGAAGUGCUGGGAAAUGGUGUUGCUUAGAGUUAAGGAAGAGAUCAUGAGACGCAGCAACCAAAAACAAGAUGUCCAUAUGUUGGAAAGCAUCGAUGGGUUAAAAAUGUUUGGCUUUCGCUCUCCGUUUAUUGUUCAGGCCACUGAGGCUCUUGACCCGAACCAUGGCCAAGUGGAGUAUUGGAACCAUAAGAAUGAGAAGGAUUCGCUGGAAAUGAAAGAUUGCUUCAUGUCAAAUUCUUCCCAGAGCUUAAGCAAAGCAAGACUUUUUGGGGUUGAUUUGAAUUGA